CCGCUGCAGGGCCUUGCUGGGGCUCGGUUGGGCUGGCCGUGGCCAGAUUCGGCUCCGCCGAUCGGGUCGACAAACGAGCGGGACUCUCUGACUUGAUCUGAGCCUGCUCUGCGCCGCUGGUCAGCACCGGACUGCCAACGAUGGCCAGCCGCAACGCUUUGCGCAUAUUCUUGCUCGCCGCUCUCAUCAAGCUCCUCCUCGUGCCUGCCUACCACUCGACCGACUUUGAGGUCCACAGGAACUGGCUCGCCAUCACACACUCGCUCCCUAUUUCAAAAUGGUAUUACGAGGACCGAUCCGAAUGGACGCUCGACUACCCACCCUUCUUUGCCUGGUUCGAGUUUACACUCUCGCAAGUGGCCCAGUUCUUUGAUCCUCGGAUGCUGGAUCUCGACAACCUCGGCUACGCCAGUUUCGAAACCGUUCUCUUCCAGAGACUGACGGUGAUCACAACCGAAGUCGUGCUAUUCCUAUCGGUACUGAGGGUCCUGCGUCCUGUGAAGGACUCGCUUGUCAAGGAUAUCCUCACCGGCUUGAUCUUCCUCAACCCCGGCAUCCUGUUCGUGGAUCACAUCCACUUCCAGUACAACGGCUUCCUCUACGGCAUCCAGCUUUACUCGAUCGCCGCCUUUCAGGAGGGCCAACACCUCAUAGGCGGAGCGCUGUUCGCCGUAGUUCUGAAUUUCAAGCACAUCUACCUUUAUCAAGCACCGGCAUACUUUGUCUAUCUUCUCAGCGGCUACUGCUUCAGCGCCAAAUCCGGCUUGUUCCAAUUCUCUCUCCAGAACUUUGUUUCGAUCGGAGCCGUCACCCUAGCAGUCUUUGCGCUGUCCUUUGGUCCGUUUGCUCAGCAUCUGCCCCAGAUUCUUUCGAGGCUGUUCCCGUUCAAGCGUGGACUCUGCCAUGCCUACUGGGCGCCAAAUUUCUGGGCAGUCUAUUCGUUUGCGGAUCGACUUGCGCUCUUUGCCAUGAAAGCCUUCAAGAUUGGAGAGCCUGCAUCCAUCCCAUCCUUGACCCGUGGCCUGGUUGGCGAUACAAGCUUCGGGCUCCUCCCUGCGAUUCUGCCUAUUCACACCCUGGUGCUCACUCUGCUCGGACAGCUGCCCAUCCUCUUCAAGCUCUGGAGAAAGCCCACGCGCGAUACCUUUGUCGAGAGCCUGAUUCUCUGCGGAUUCAGUUCGUUCCUCUUUGGCUGGCAUGUCCACGAGAAAGCGAUUCUGCUUGUUCUUAUCCCAUUCAGCUUGAUUGCCCAUGAAUCGCAGCGACAUGCACGGACAUUCCUGGUUCUGGCCGGCGCGGGAUACGGAUCGCUCUUCCCGCUCAUCUACCAGCCCACCGAGCUUGUUACCAAGUUUGCUGUCCUUGGAUUGUACAUGUCGCUCAGCUACAGCCUGCUGUCUUUCCUGCUCAACCGAUCCACCGGCAGCCCACUCCGGCUCUCAUGGGCCGAGUCUGUUUAUCUCCUGGGCAUGGUCGUCCUCCAGAUCUACGCCGAAGUCAUCCAUCCCUUGCUCUUCUGCCACCUUGUAAACCUUGAGUUUUUGCCCCUGAUGGCGGUGUCAGUCUACUCGGCGGUCGGCGUCAUGUAUGCUUGGUUCAGGUUUUACUGGGACACACUGGUCCUCUCCAAGGACAAAUCGGAGUAAGCCAUGCCCAAGAAUCACAUAUGAAGGGCCGCUCUGAGGGGACGAGUGUUGCAGUGGUACAGAUUGUGGAGGCAGAUGUAUUCCUCGGUGAUUCGGUCACAGAAACCCGCU